UCAGUGCUGGGAGAAUUUUAUUUCACAGCUGUUUUUAGUCUUUAUUAAGGAAAAAUAACACGUUUAAUAUCACUACAUUGGGAAUAACUCAGGCGCCAUGGCUUCCUCCGGUGGGGCUGGAUGUUUCUGGAGUAUCUCCCUGUUUCUGCUCUCCUUUUGUGUCCGGAGUGCGACUCCUCGUCAGAUCGUUUACUCCGUGUCUGAGGAGGUGAGCCCGGGGACGUUUGUCGGAAAUUUAGCCAAGGAUUUGAACUUGAAACUGGACGAGCUUGAGUCUCGCGCUCUCAGGAUCGUUUCGCCGUCGUCUAAGAAGCAUUUUGAGGUGAACAUAAGAACCGGAGCUCUGUUCGUACAAGGCGAGAUUGACCGAGAGGAGCUUUGUCCAAACAGCAACGUGUGCACUGAAAGCUUGGAAGCGAUAGUGAAUGACCCACUGAACGUGUACAGUAUUGAUGUGAAGAUACUUGAUAUCAACGACAACACACCUGCUUUUCCAGGUAAAUCUCAAAGCAUCCGAAUAUCUGAGCACACAUUUCCCGGGGCUAAAUUUCCUCUGCUUAGUGCUGAGGAUCCAGACGUGGGAAGCAAUUCAGUAGCCUCGUAUAAACUCUCAGCCAAUCAGUAUUUUAGCUUGGAGGUAAACACUGAGACUGACAGCGGUCCUUCUCCAGAACUGGUGUUGCAGAAAGCUUUGGACAGAGAGAAACAGGCUGAAAUCCAGCUCACAUUAACUGCGAUCGAUGGUGGAAAGCCAGCACGAUCAGGCACGGCCAGUAUUAUCGUUAGCGUCCUGGAUGCUAACGAUAACGCUCCUGCGUUUGCCAAACCAGUGUACAAAGCUCAGGUUCCAGAAAACGUAGCCAUUGGUACGUUUAUAUUAAAGCUAAACGCUACAGAUCCGGACGAGGGCGUCAACGGUGAAGUGGUUUACACGUUCAAACAAGGCCAAAGAGGUAUUUCAGACAAGUUCAGCAUUAACAGCAGCACUGGGGACAUAGCAAUAGCUGGGCCUUUGGAUUAUGAGGAGGUUAACGCCUAUGAAAUCCGCGUGGAAGCGCGAGACAAGGGCCACAGUCCACUGGCAUCCCAUUGCAAAGUGCUAGUGGAGGUUAUGGACAUCAACGACAAUGCACCAGACAUUAAACUCUCCUCGCUGCUGGACAGCGUGAGUGAAGGCGCCAAAAAGGGCACCGUCAUUGCAUUCAUAACCGUUCAAGACAAGGAUGAAGGUAAAAACGGAAAAGUGCGCUGUUCAAUUUCCAAAAACUCCCCAUUUGUGUUGGAAUCCACGCAGGGCAAAUACUAUUCGCUCGUGUUGGGCGAAGAACUUGAUAGAGAAGAAAACGAGCUGUAUAAUGUGUUAAUAACAGCCACAGAUGAAGGGUCGCCGCCUCUUUCCAGCACUGCUGUGGUCACUGUCCGUGUUUCUGACGUGAAUGAUAACUCACCUCGCUUCCCAGAGCCAUAUAUUAACGUGUAUGUAAAGGAGAACAGCGCAGCAGGUGCUCUAAUAGCGCUAGUCUCCGCACGAGACAUAGAUGUUGGUGAAAAUGCUCACGUGACCUAUGCAUUACUCGACAGCUCCAACAUGCCUUUAGCUUCAGCUGCGAACAUCAACUCUGUGACUGGAGAAAUUUACAGCAUGCAGUCCUUCAACUUUGAGGAGAUGAAGCACUUCCAGUUCCAAGUUCAGGCCACUGACUCUGGUGUCCCUCCACUCAGCAGCAAUGUGACUGUGAACGUCUUCAUCCUGGAUGAGAAUGACAACAGUCCAGUUAUCUUACCUCCUUACUCUGAAGCUGGGUCAGUAAACACUGAGAACAUCCCCUACUCUGCUGAAGCGGGAUACUUUGUGGCUAAAGUCCGAGCUGUAGAUGCUGAUUCUGGUUAUAAUGCGCUGCUGUCUUAUCACAUCACUGAACCUAAGGGGACUAAUCUGUUCCGCAUUGGAAGCAGCACUGGAGAAAUCAGGACUAAGAGACGAAUGAGUGACCACGACCUGAAAACUCACCCACUUGUUGUGACAGUAUGUGACCAUGGAGAACCUUCACUAUCAGCUACAGUGACUGUUGAGGUUGUGGUGGUUGAAAGUCUGGACAGCGUGCAGCCUUCCCUAAGACAAGUGCCGAUGAAGGAGGAGGGCUUUUCUGAUCUGAAUCUGUAUCUGCUCAUCGCUAUUGUCUCAGUGUCGGUGAUCUUUCUGCUGAGCCUCAUCGGUUUAAUAGCAGCUAAAUGCUACGGGUCAGAGGGCGGUUUGAGCGGGUGCGGCGCUCCAGUGGUCACUACACACCCUGACGGGAGCUGGUCUUACUCUAAAGCCACUCAGCAGUAUGACGUGUGCUUUAGCUCAGACACGCUGAGGAGUGACGUAGUGGUUUUCCCCUCGCCGUUUCCGCCUGCAGACGCAGAGCUGAUCAGCAUUAAUGGAGGGGACACUUUCACUCGGACACAGACUCUCCCCAGCACUGGGAAGGUAAGUGGCAGUGUUACUGUUCUUCAAACUUGA